CCUAACUAAAACACCUCCACCUUCCCUUGUCAAUUGGCACCUAAUUUUCCUAACAUUCAGAUCGCAUUUCUACUCGUGCAAGACAAACUUUUGCAACAACCCAUGUUUUCCCCAAUGACUUUAUCGACAACCAAACCCUUCGUUCAUCAAUGGCUUCGUUUCAUCAAAUAGUGAUUUUAUGGGUCUCGUUUCCAUUUUUAUCCGAACACAUUUCUUAGCUUUCAGCAACUUUCAAUCAGCCAUUCACCAGCCGCCACCACCGGAAACCACAAUGAUUCCUCGCCGACGUCCAAUAUUAUUCACUCUCGGAACCUUACUCUUAUCAUUCCUGCAAAAAAUUUCAACAAGAUUUCACAUUUUCAGAAACCCAAAAGGAAAAAAUGCGAAGAUCUUGUGUGCAAUCGAACAUCAAAUGCUAACAAUAUUAUCAUUUUUUGAUGAUCAUAUCAUGGUAUUCGAAGAUCUAAUCGAAACCCUUUUCCCUUCAUCAUCCCGUUUCUUUGACAAAAUCGAUGAAUUCAUACGAUCAUCAGAAUCUUUACCUCCAAAGUUUGAGGAUUUCAUGGACCAUGAUGUUCCAAAGAUCAUGCAACGUGUACCCUUUCUUGAUAGGUUUUUUCAUAAAGAUGAGAAGGAAAUCGUGAUUGAUAUCACGUGUCAUGGUUAUAGAAUCGAACCAGAAAACUCUUCCCAAGAAGAUGAUGUUGUUGAUUCAUCAAAAACGGCCUGCGAGUUUACUUGCGAGUUUAGUGAGGAGGAGGAAAUGGUGGAGAAGUGGUCGGAAGAGAACGAUGAGGAUGAUCUGAAAAAAGAAAAGAAUAACAUGGAAGAUAGUAAUGGAGAUUUAUAUUCUGCAACAACGGAAAUUAAUAACGAAGAAAUUCUCAAGUCUGAAGAUCCAAUCUACGAACUAUUUGAAGCAGGUUGGCACAUGUCGCCACGUGCCCUCUCGGGUUUAAGGUUGGGGUUUCAAACCCUAUAAAACACAAUUUGUGCUUCUCUUGCGGUAUGCCCCAUGUGUGGAGGAAUUUUCCCUGGAAAUCUUCUUGGGGGCUGGGUUUGCCCGCUUUAUGGAGUUCAAACUCGGGAUCUACACUGGAAUAUUGGAUAGAGGCUUCCGUUGAAUCAUUUUUCAUUUCC